CAAGACGUGCGCUGGGGAGUCGACGCUCGCUAGGCAGCGUUUGCUCUGUUAUUGUUUACCUGAGUUAGUCAGACGCUGGCUGCCACGAGGCGAUGUUGUCGUCUUCACAGAGUCAAGAAAAACUUCAUAAGAGAAAUCAUUAUAGAGGGAAAUAGAUUUGACAAGUAAUACUUAAAUCAUAAAGAAAAAAGCGUAAGGAGGUGAAACCUUCCAACACUGCAUCGUGAUUGUCACUAAGCGAGCGGCUCUGGUAUACUGAGGCAGGUCGGCCCGUACCACCAGGAAACAUGCACUUGGUCGACUCGAACAUGUAUCACUGAAGAUCAUAAGUCGACGACACGAUCAUAGUGGUUAUUAUUUUGCUAUGAGAACAGAAGAUAUGGAAGAUGCUGGGAGCUGCAGUGAACUAUUGAGGAACAUUGCAGAUGAAUGGGCCACUGAAGCUGCAACAGUACAAUUUGCCUGGGAUGUUAUAGGCCAGGCUGGCAAUGUGUCACUUGAUGUAGCUCGCCACAUUCUUGCUUCCUACAGGGCAAAGUGUUCAGGAAAGAGACGUCAUGUAGGAGGAUAUAUUCAGUGUCCCAAAUGUAGCACACCUCGGAUUGCUGGUUUCUGUAAACCUCGACUUUUGGGAUGUCCACGGAAUGCACGUAAUAUGAAAACCCUCCUCAAAAAAGAAAGAAAGAAUCCUCGCAAGCUGACCUGUACAGAAAAGAUGAAACUAUCAUGCUUCCACUCAAGACAAAAUAUAAUAGAAGUAUCCUGUUUAAUAUGUAAGUAUAAAAUGAGAGAGUUAUGCUCUGUUCCUGUAAAAGAAAAGCCCAUAGUUGAAGUGAAGUCUGAGGUAAUAAGGAAGAAAAAGAAGAAGAAAAAGUUUAAAGAAGUAAAUGCUGGACUGCAUCUCUCAUCCUCAGAGGUUCAGAGUAAGGCAUCCAAGGUUCCUGAAGCUGCACCUGCUGCUAGCAAGCUUUCAUCAACAUUGCCCACUCAGGAAGAGGCCUUGAAAAUAGUUUCAUCAGUUGGCAACUUGAGACUUAAGAAUAAAAAACUCCAUGGUAAAUUUGUAAAAAAUAAUUUUGAUCAAAGCAAAAGCUCAGAUUUAUCUAGCACUGAUCAGAAAAUCUUAUCAGAGAGAGUAAAGAAGAGCAUUGUCAAGUCAUCACAAACGAGUCUCUCAAGUUCUGCAGCAGAUUUUAAAUCAAAUUUUAUGAUAGGAUCGAGGCCACGCUCCAGACCAGGCUCUUGGUGGGAAAAGUCCAACAUUAAGGAGGAGAGAGAGAAGCAAAAGAAGCUCUGCGGACUAAAGAAUGCGGUGUUAAAGGACAUGCAUAAACAUAAUAGCGAUGAUAAGAAGAGCUCACUUGGGGAUUUUCUUGCCAGUCUAAUUUGAGGUUUAUUAUAUUAUGCAUUGUCUUAUGUUAAUAAAUUUUAUAUUUUAUAUAUAUUAUUCAA